GACGUAAAUUGUCCUAUACGCGGAGGUUCCAGGAACGAAUUGAUCAUUUCAAACUAAUCAAGCUGAUGUUAUAUUGUUGAUAUCUUGUGCGUUAUUAUGGCUUUCUAAGAUCGCAUUACAACAAGUGUGCAUUUGCACUUGUGCGCCAAUACAGCAACCGCAAAAAUGAUGUCUCUUUCUUGCGCUGCACCUUCCGCUGCCGGUUACAGCAGGAAUUGUGCCUUUAAUCCUUUCUCAAGUGUGAAGCUAAAUAAUCCUGGUCGAAAUGUCUCUCCUGACGGCUUUAAACUUGGACCUGGAGAUGUCUAUGUUGCCAGUUAGCACUCUGCACUGGCGGGCAGAUCUUAAGAUUCCUGCUCAUCGAAAUCACUAUGAACAAGUACCCGUGCCCAUGGAAGACAUUGUAAACGCUAGUUGUGAUGGAUCAGAGUGUCUGGCAGGUGAUGGAUUCGCGGAUUGGAUGACUGAAAGAGUGGAUUUCUCAUGCUUUCUUCCAGGCUGUAUGGAUCUAUUGGUGCCAGCCCCUCCAGCGCCAGACUUGGAGGUGAUGGCUACGCUUCUGAAGAAAGAGCUAGAGCAAAUGGAAGACUACUUCCUGGAGGAGACACACUCCCCAGGUCUUCCUGUACCUCCAGAUCAAGUGGCUCCUUGCACACCACCUUCUCAUGAAGGGCACUUCAUUUUCCCCACACCUGAUCAGCAGCUAGGUGGAAAGGAAGUAGAGUUCCAGGCCUAUGUAACAGAUACCCCAUCAUCUCCAGCUGUUGCACUAGAGACACUGGACUCUGGUUGCCUUGACCUACUAAAUCUAUAUACUAAUGUUUCUAGUGAUUUCCCUUGUGAAAACUUGCAGGAUCUUGCUGUUCUAAAUUAUACCACUGACCCGCCAGCACAAUACAAACACCUGAAUAGGUCUUCACCGUAUGACCGUCCCAUUACUUUGACGAGCAGUAAAAGUACCACCAUUAAUCAAAAGGGUGAUCGUAAACAGAAGAAGAGAGACCAAAAUAAGACAGCAGCUUUGCGAUACCGUCAACGGAAACGUGCAGAGUACGAUGCACUUGAUGAAGAGUGCCAGAGUCUAGAAGUCAGAAACAGGGAGCUGAAAGAGAAGUCUGAUUCAAUUGAAAGAGAAAUCCAGUAUGUUAAGGACCUCCUCAUUGAGGUCUAUAAGGCCAGGAGUCAAAGAAUUCGUAAUAACUAGAUUUUGGAAAUUAAGAUUCUAUCCAUAUUAUUUCAAUGGUGGAACUGAGACUGGGAUUUUGGUGGAACAUACUUUUAGGGUCCUUUCCCCACAGUUUAUCCUUUUGUGUAGUAGGGGCCAGUCACUGGUUUAACGUCAGGGUUAAGAGAAGUUUGAGUAGGACAUUUUUUAACACGCGCAUGAGCUACCAUAAGAAGUCAUAAUUGUUUUCUUAGUCUUUAGAUCUCUCUCCCUUUUUGUUGACAACUGGCUGGGAGAAAUAUGCUCUGUCAAAUUAAUAGUACAUUAAUUUUUGAAACUUGUCUCUUGAUUUGGGAAUGCUGCAGCAAGUAUACACAAAUAUAUUAGCUUACGUAUGCUGCUAACUGUAGGGGAGUCUAAAAAUUAAAGGUGAUUUUACAAGAUGCAAUUUAGUGAUAAUACGUUGCAACAUUCUCCCAUCCUUCACCACUAAAUAAUUCGUAAGAAAUUGCAAACCUGUGGUAAAAUUUGUCUGGAAUAUCAUACAAAUUGUUUCUUAUGAUUAAAUUAAUGAAGAUUGUGUGUGUUUGCACUAGAAUCACUUUUCUUAAAUAAGCCAAUUUCAAAAGUUGUUUUAUUGCCAUAGUUGCAAAUUAAAUCAUCCAAGGAACAUUUGACUUGUAGUCAUAAGGCCACUUAGUGGUCACUUUUUAAAUGGCUCCUGAUAACGUUUAAAGGGGGGGUGUAGAUUUCAACACGUGCAUUAAAUAUAGGAAUAAAGUUCAUACCUACCUAUAUGUUGAUAUGGAAUGCAAGUUUUAAACUGGUUUUAUGGGGCAGUGAAAUGAGUAUGCAACACCCAGAAAUCUAAUUGUAUGUGUUGUUUGCUUUAGAUAUUAAAUUUUGAACAUAUAUUAAACCUAACGCAGUAGCUGUGUUUUCCAGUUAAGCAUUUUGUUCCUUGUACUAUUAGCUUGCACUAUUUUGGGUGCACUUAUUAGCACUUAUUUUGGGUGAAUGUCUGUGGAAUUGCGAAAUAUUCUAAGAAUAUCACAUUUGGGUGUUUUAUUUAUAUAUAUAAAAGAAUUGUGUGUACACAUUUCUAAUUGCUUUAGAAUUAGGUGUUGGCAAAGCUUGCAUUCCCUGUGUUCAAGCUUGUAGCUCUUCGAGUGUUCCUGCACACAUACAAAAAAAAAAUGCAUCAGGCCAUGAAGAAUCCAAUUAAUGUAAUACUCUGAGUUAGCCAGGCUUUCAUAAGAACUAAUAAUUUUGUGUUUGUAACCCUUGCACCACUGGAUAUUUGGGCCAUGUAGUGCUCUACAAAGUCUUUUGAUCCACAAUAUCCAAAAUAGAGUUUGCAUAAUAAUAAGGAAAAUUUGCCUGGCAUGUUUUGUGGAAAGGGGUUAAAGCUAUGUGUAAAUCACUCAUGCAUCUCCUACCUUCAUUGUCCAUUACUAAUAAACCUGAUAGAAAUA